AUGAAACCGACAGCCGUGACCUCGAGGUGUGUCGCCGUGGUCAUGAGCCGCAGCGACGGCGACAGACCGGGAGUCAGCACUGGUUGCACUCCUGAAAACGGCUACGAUAUUUUCAGACAGUUCCUCAGCGAAAACCAGCGCAUAGUCUGGAAUCCCCAUGUCACGUACAGUAUCCAGUCCGUGGACUUUGUGGGCUUCGUCAGACCAGGAACGCUUUUCCUGUCCGGCGCAGAACAGCACCUGGAAUGCCUGAGGAACGCAUGGGCCAGACGACUGCUAAAGCCUCCUGUUGGCUUCACCAUCAAGUCGGUUGCGAGUCCACUUGCUCUUCGCUUGAAGAUCAUCACGAAUUCAGUCGAGUGCGAACCGGGGACGGCCAAUGCGCUUAAUCUGACACCAUCAGCCCUCGAUCCGAUUGUUAGCCAUUGA